AUGCCGUCUCUUAGCUUUUCGAUUGAAGGACUAAUGAGUUCCACACAUACUGUCUCUUCUCAAAAAAGUCCACCUCCACCAUCAACAACGUCACCACCAUCUACUUCAAGCAAAAUAGAAGGCAAUGGAAUAACGACAAGCAGAACAACAACCCAUGGAUUUAAGUGCUCUGAAUGUGGAAAGGUUUUUAACGCUCAGUACAACCUCGCUCGCCACAUGCCUACUCACACAGGCGUGAAGCCGUUUAUAUGUGAGAUCUGCGGAAAAGGCUUCCACCAGAAGGGGAACUAUAAGAACCAUAAACUGACACACAGCAAAGAGAAACAGCACAGGUGUCCCCUGUGCGACAAGUCCUUCCACCAGGCCUACAAUCUGACUUUUCACAUGCAUACACACAGCGAGGAGAAGCCUUUUACUUGCUGUUAUUGCGAAAAAGGCUUUUGCCGCAACUUUGACCUCAAGAAGCACAUCCGCAAGGCGCACCCACGAGGGCGCUUCGACAACCAAUCAGGGCACCAGGACCUGAGCCGACUCCUCGGAAUUUCUGCCAUAGCCCCAUCACCACAACCUCCUCCACCGUCACUGCCACCACUGCUGAUGGCGCCGCCAACACCAGAAUUCUUCGGUAUGGCACCUCAGCAGCCCUUUCAAUUUACAGAGCCUUGUGUACAACUCCUCCAGAAUGAACACAAUCUACAAGUGGGGCUUCGAAUUCCACCACCUGAGGUUUUACAGAAAAUGCUUCCUUACCAGACAAUAUAA